AUGGCGUCGGAGCCGGUGGCGCGGGCCGUGGCGGAGGAGGUGGGGCGGUGGGGCAGCAUGAAGCAGACGGGGGUGAGCCUGCGGUACAUGAUGGAGUUCGGGUCCGUCCCCACGGACCGCAACCUGCUGCUCUCGGCCCAGUUCCUGCAAAAGGAGCUCCCCAUCCGCAUCGCCCGCCGCGCGCUCGAGCUCGAGUCCCUCCCCUUCGGCCUCUCCGCCAAGCCCGCCAUCCUCAAGGUGAUGGUUUGUCCGUUGACGAUUGUGAAGGUGAGGGACUGGUACUUGGACUCGUUCCGCGACAUCCGAUAUUUCCCAGAAGUGAGGAAUCGGGACGACGAGCUUGCUUUCACGCAGAUGAUUAAGAUGAUCAAAGUGCGGCACAAUAACGUGGUACCGACUAUGGCUUUGGGAGUGCAACAGCUGAAAAACGAACAGUUCAGCUCAAGGAAGCUUCCCCCAGGAUUCGACGAGAUCCACGGGUUCCUCGAUCGAUUUUACAUGUCAAGGAUUGGUAUUCGCAUGCUCAUAGGGCAGCAUGUGGCUCUGCAUGAACCUGAACCACAGCCUGGCGUCAUAGGCCUCAUCAAUACAAAAUUGUCCCCCAUACAGGUAGCUCAAAUUGCUAGUGAGGAUGCCCGUUCCAUUUGUAUGAGGGAAUACGGAUCAGCUCCUGACAUCAACAUUUAUGGAGAUCAAAAUUUAACAUUUCCAUAUGUCACAUCGCAUCUUCAUCUCAUGCUGUUUGAACUGGUGAAAAAUUCCCUUCGUGCAGUACAGGAAAGAUAUAUGAAUUCUGAUAAAGAUGUUCCUCCUGUCAGAAUUAUAGUUGCUGAUGGAACAGAGGAUGUUACUAUUAAGGUCAGUGAUGAAGGCGGUGGAAUACGGAGAAGUGGGCUCCCUAGAAUUUUCACAUAUCUUUACAGCACUGCAAAGAAUCUACCUGAUAUGGAGGGCCCUAGUGAAGGAGUGACUAUGGCUGGAUAUGGUUUUGGACUUCCAGUUAGUCGCCUUUAUGCGCGAUAUUUCGGUGGCGACCUACAAAUCAUAUCCAUGGAGGGAUACGGCACCGACGCUUACCUCCACUUGUCACGACUGGGAGACUCGGAGGAGCCAUUGCCUUAG